AUGUACCAGUACUCCGAUGAGGCCGCGAACUGCCUCAAUAGUAGAAAGAGGCAGUAUUCUUCAUUGAGGUAUUGGUGGCGCCAACAACUAAGUAAGGCGUCUCUCAGGUGCAUCGAUGGCGCACGCGCCACCACUUUUGCCCAAGAGAGGCGCAUCCAUUAUCGCAAUGAGGAGCAGAGGUUGCUCAGCGGGACACGGUUCGUUCAAAUAUCUCAGAAGCAGCACUCAAUAUCAAAGGGAAAAGAAGUACUAGAGCAUGCAUGCCGCAUUCUCUGGAGGAUCCGAUAA